AUGGCGACCGGCGAUGAGCUCAUGGAGGCGAUCGAGGGGGGCGACGAGUCCGGCGUGAAGAGGUGCCUCGACGACGGCGCGGACGCCCUCCACGCCGACGACGAGGGGUUCACGGCCCUUCACAUGGCGUGCCAGGAAGGGCACGACGCCAUCGCGGUUAUGCUGCUGCGCAAGGGCGCGAAGAUCGACGCCACGGACGACGACGGGGUCACGCCCCUGAUGCUCGCGUGCGAGGGCGGGCACUCGGCGGUCGUGAAGAUGCUGCUGAAGGAGCGGUGCGACGUCAUGCGCGUGGAUAAGGCGGGACGAUCCGCGCUGUUUCGCGCGGCGUGCAUCGCGGGGAGCGAGGACUGCUCGCGCGCGAUGCUCGCCGCCUCCGCGGACGCGUUCGGCUGCCCGGUGGAGGGCAAGUCCAUGGCGGAUUUGGCGGGGAAGAAGAGCGUCGCGUGUAAGCUCAUGCUCGAGGAGUGCGUCUCGCGGGAGGGCGCCGGGAAGAGGUUACUCGAGGCAUGCGAGGCGGGGCGACUGGCGUCCGUCGAGGCGAUGCUCGCGGGCGGCGCGCCGAUCGAUUUCACCGACGGAGACGGGUGGGGGGCGCUGCACUUCGCCGCGGCGGAGGGCACCCCCGAGCUGUGCGAGCUGCUCGUGGAGAAGGGGCUCAAGGCGGACGCCGCGGCGGGGGACGGGGAGACGCCGGUGGAUCUCGCGGAGGAGGAGGAACACGACGAGGCCGUCGCCGUGCUCAAGGCAUCACUCGCGAAGUGA